UCCCGCUCGGUUUCCAUGGAGACGAGCGAGCGCGGCGGCGGGGCUGUCAGCGCGCGCGGCGGCGGCGGUGGCGCGUCCACGGGGGUCUGCAGGAGGAAGGAGGAGGCCGGUGCCGGGACCCUCGCGGCAGACAUGGACUUGCCUUGUGAUUGUGCUGCCGGAACUCCGGCCGCCGAGCAGCCGUCGGGAAAGAUUAACAAAGCUGCUUUCAAAUUAUUCAAGAAGAGGAAAUCGGGUGGCACCAUGCCCAGCAUAUUUGGGGUCAAAAACAAAGGGGAUGGGAAAGGCUCGGGUCCGCCGGGCAUGGUGAGGAGCAGGACCCACGACGGACUGGCCGAGGUGGUGCUGGAGGGCAGCAGAAAGGAAGAGCCGCGAGGCGGGGGCGACGGCGGCGGGGGCGGGGGUGACCGCGGCGGGGGUCGGCCGAACCCCGCUCCCCCGCGAGCUGCCGGGCCCGGCGUGGGCUCGCUGGCCAGCAGCUCUGUGGCCAAGUCACACAGCUUCUUCUCCCUUCUGAAAAAGAACGGGAGAUCCGAAAAUGGCAAAGGGGACGCCGUGGAUGCGGGCAAGGCUGGCGGCAAACAAAAGAGGGGGCUGCGAGGGCUCUUCAGCAGUGUGCGCUGGCACAGGAAGGACAAGCGCCGCCAGGAGGGGGAACGCCAGGCGCGCUCGGGGGGCGCGGGCGGCCUCGCCCUGCCCGGGUCGCUCACCGCCAGCUUGGAGUGCGUCGCGGAGGAAGCGCCCCGACCUGCGUGCGCGCCGGAGAACCCCAGCAGGGACGCGCCGCCAGACCCAGCAGGUGAGCCCGGAGGGGGAGAGCCGGCGCCGGCCUCCGCCGAUCGCGCCGAAGUGCCCCACUGCCGAGAGGCCGAGAGCCCCGGGGUCCCUACCGCCACCGGCGCCCAGGGAGAGGACGCCGCGGGGCAUCGGCGCGCCGAGGAUCCCCGGGCACCUCCGGAGCUGGGCGCUGGGGAGGUCCAGACGGCUGAGGAUGCUUCCAGGACAGGUGACGUUCCGAUAAAGACUGUCCCCCUUGUCGACUCCGAAUGUGGCAGCGGCCGGGCGUCUGCCGUCCCUGACCCUUCCUCUCUUGAUCCACCCUCAGACCCAUCGACCGAUCGUAUUUGUUUGAUGUUUUCUGACGUGACUUCACUGAAAAGCUUUGACUCUCUUACAGGCUGUGGAGAUAUUAUUGCAGACCAAGAGGACGAGGCAGGCCCCAGCUGUGACAAGCAUGUCCCCGGGCCAGGCAAGCCAGUUGUCUCUAAAAAGAACCCCAGCGUGGUGGCCUACCAAGGAGGAGGGGAAGAGAUGGCGAGCCCAGAUGAGGUGGACGACACCUAUCUCCAGGAAUUCUGGGACAUGCUCUCCCAGACUGAGGACCAAGGACAAGAGCCCCAAGAGGGACUGGCAAAGGCGGCGGCAGCACUGGAUGCCAAGGUGGCACCUGAGACCUCCAAAGACACGAGGUGUUUAGAAGCGGCCAAGGAUGUGUCCUUGGUCAAGCGCAGGAGGCUCAACCGGAUUCCCAUUGAGUCCCAUCCCAAGGAGGAGCUGAAGCACGUGCAGAAGGAGCAGCAAGAAGGUGUCCCCAACAGCGAUGAGGGCUACUGGGACUCCACCACUCCAGGCCCCGAGGAAGACAGCGCAAGCAGCGGGAAAAAGGCGGGCAUCCCCAGGGACAGCUACAGCGGCGAUGCGCUCUACGAUCUCUACACGGAUCCCGAUGGAAGCCCAGCAGUCCUUCCUGCCAACGAGGAGACGUCCUGCGUGUCCCGCUUAAAGCCCGUGUCUCCUGUCACCAUCACCUGUCCACUGCGAACACCCGGCAGUUUGCUGAAGGACUCUAAAAUCCCAAUCAGCGUCAAGCACCUGGCGAACCUUCCAUCCAGCCACCCUGUGGUGCACCAGCAACCAGCCAGGAGCGAAGUGCCCAGAACAAAAAUCCCGGUGUCCAAAGUGCUCGUCCGCAGGGUCAGCAACCGAGGCUUGGCUGGGACCACCAUCCGGGCAGCAGCGGGCCACGACAGUGCCAAAAAGUUGUGAGGUCUCCGAGGCCGAGGUGGAUGGACCACAUGUCAAGGAAUACAACUUUCACUGGAAACCACUAAAAUAAGUUUUGCUCCCCCUAAAGCAAGGCUUUUAGGACCAUCCCUGCUAAAGAGCCUGGACCAAGGUCUUUGUCGGCUGAGGCAGGAGACACUAGAGGGGGGCGGCACACUGCACAUGGGAUUCUCCUCCCAAGAUAAGUCCCUGGGAAUUAUUUUCAAGCACUUUUUCUUUCUUUCUUUUUUUAACCUUUUU